CGCUUAUUCUUCCACACCCCACAACUCCACCAAUUUUCAACAGAUUUCUAUUUAAAAUGGAUAAAAUUGAAGCUGCAAUCGCGGAGCUUCACCUCCAAGAGAAAACGAACAUCAAGGCCAUGGCCGACAAGCAUGGGGUUGACAGAAGCACCCUCUCCAAGCGCUUCCGUGGGAAAACUGGUAGCAAGGCAGAUGGAUACAAUUCUCAACAGGGGGCUUCCUCCUACGCAUUAAAUAGUGCGAAAUCUAGCCUUAGCAAUAGCUGGGAUUAUGCCAGGAAUCAACUAGGCUUCGCGCUGGGUCAAACAGCAUUCAAAACACCUCAGAUCAGGAUACCU